AUGGCUUCAAAACGUAAGCGUGUCGUGCUUCCUUUGGAACAAAAAGUGUUCAUUAUUAACCGUGUCUUAGAUCGCGGUGAGAGUGUAAGAAAAGUGGCGGGUGAGUUUGAUGUGGGAGAGCAGACAGUGCGUGAUUUAAUUAAACGAAAGGAUGAAAUUUUGCGGUUCAUAUCUUCAGCUGAUUCCACAUCUCUGCUAGCGUCAGGAAGAAAAACAAUGAGGAAGUCAACAUUAUCUGACAUGGAAUCAGCUUUGUUUGAAUGGUUUAAACAAAAACGUGCUGAAGGGAUUCCUAUCUCUGGACCGAUGGUUUGUGAAAAAGCUAAGUGGUUUCACGAAAGGUUGAAUAUUGAUGAACCAUUUGGAGCUUCACAGGGUUGGUUAUUUAGAUUUAAAAACCGGCAUGGGAUUAGACAAUUAGACAUUCAAGGCGAAAGUCUAAGUGGCGAUUUAACAGCUGCUACAGUUUUCAAUGAGGAAUUUGAUUCAUUGAUCUCAAAAUUAAACUUGUCCCCCGAUCAAAUAUAUAACGUAGAUGAAUCAGGGCUCUUUUGGAAAAUGUUACCGUCGAAAACAUUAGCUGCGCAGUGUGAAAAGUCAGCUCCUGGACAUAAAUCUAGUAAGGAAAGGCUCACUGUCAUGACAUGUUCAAAUGCAUCGGGUACACACAAGCUAAAACUAACAGUGAUCGGGAAAGCUAAAAAACCACGAUCGUUCAAAGGAACAGACGUGAAAAGACUUCCGUGUAAUUAUUACAGCCAUCCAAAAGCUUGGAUGAAUCAGGCUAUUUUCAAAGAAUGGUUUUUUCAAGAUUUCGUGCCAUCUGUGAAGAAAUUUCAGGAAGAAAAUGGACUUCCAAAGAAAGCUGUUCUCCUACUUGACAACGCUCCUAGUCACCCAUCAGAAUCUACCCUGAAAACCGAGGAUGGGCUAAUUUUUAUCACCUACCUUCCUCCUAACGUCACAUCAUUGAUACAACCAAUGGACCAGGGCGUCAUUUCUUCCUUAAAACGGAGGUAUAAAAAGAUUUUUCUCCGUUUCCUUCUCCAAGAAAAUUGUGUCGAUUCAAUGAAGGACCUCCUCAAAAUGUGGACAAUAAAAGAUGCCAUUUUUGCUGUUUGUGAUGCAUGGGAAAACUUGCCAUCGAGUACAUUAAGACUUUGCUAG